AAUCCACUCACUCACACCAACCAUAGAACUCGGCUGCAAAAAAACACACACACACACACUCAAUUUACUUGAUAAAUCAAAAUUCUAGUAGCUAGGUAGGUUACAGCAUGCAAGAGGAUAGGAAGAUGAAGGUGAAGAAAGGUUGGCUGGCGGUGCAGGUGGGAUUAGACGAUGAAGACGGCGGAUUUCAGAGAUUUUCGAUUCCGAUUUCCUACCUAUACCACCCGCUCUUUCAGAAGCUUCUAGACAAGGCGCGUGAGGUCUACGGCUACAACACGGCCGGCCCCUUGAUGCUGCCCUGCUCCGUCGAGGAUUUUCUGCAUCUGCGGUGGCGGAUAGAGAAGGAAUCCACCGGUAGCCACCACCACCAUCACCAUCGCCACCGCCAUCAGCUCCCGGCUCCUUCUUUAUCGUUUCACUCUUGUUAAUUAGAUCCAUCUGCUCCCUCAACAAAAGGAGUUUAAUUUCAUUUUAUAGUGAGAAACGUCUCCGAUCAUUGUGUAUUUAUAGUGGAAAAUCAAUGACAAAAAAGUUCAGAUUAUUCACAACA